AUGACAUUAUCAGAUGAUGUGGAUCUUGAGGAAUUUGUAAUGUCUAAAGAUGAUUUUAGUGGUGCUGACAUUAAGGCUAUUUGUACUGAGGCAGGUUUGCUUGCUCUACGGGAACGUCGCAUGAAAGUAAUCGCUGAAGAUUUUAGGAAAGUGCGUGAGAAAGUUCUUUAUCGCAAGUCUGAAGGUACACCCGAAGGAUUAUACCUUUAG